GAGUUUGUUCAUCCGUUUCCUUCACGUUAAACCCGCUUUGCCCAAGAGGCACAAGUUUCCAUCCAAUCAUCACUGGUUACCCCUUUGUUACUUCUUCAAUUAACAUUUUACAAUCAUCUUCUCCAUAAAAAAGUACCCAAAUUACGCUUGUAAAAUCAAGAAGAAGAAAGCAAAUGGAGAAAGCGAAAGCUUUUCUUGAAUUAACGCAGGCUGAAUCGGAUCGGGUUUCGUCUCUUGCCUUUCCUCCUCACCGGCUCGGUUCUGAGUGUAGCUUCUAUGAGUACUAUGCGCUCAGAGGCAUCCGGGUUGACCGAAUUGAACCGGGUCGAAUUUUUUGCACAUUCGAAGUUCCUCCUCGUCUCACUAAUAGAGAAGGGAAACUAGCAUCUGGUUCCAUCGCCAAUCUAGUUGACGAAGUUGGGGGUGCAGUGGUCUAUGUGGAGGGUCUCCCGAUGAAUGUAUCAGUGGACAUGUCGAUUUCAUUUCUUUCAAGUGCAAAGGCUGGUGAUGAGUUGGAGAUCAUUGGUAGAGUCUUGGGUCAGAAAGGAGGAUAUUCCGGAACAAGUGUACUUGUGAAAAAUAAAACAACGGGGGAACUCAUUGCUGAAGGGCGACAUUCAUUAUUUGGUAAACAUGCUAGUAAAAUGUAAAAUGUGAAGUAUUUCUCUGGACCAAGAUGCCUGUUUGAAGAUGUACUUCAGUUUCCAAUUCCUGGUCCACAUGUAUGUUUUUUCAAAAAAAAGAAAAAUCAGUAUGGUGCAUAGUUUUUCUCUUGCUUCACAUGUAUUGAGCAGCAUUUAUACCUGUAAGGAACAAGUCCAAUGUAAAUAUUUGCUUGUUAAUGGAGAAAUUUGGUGCA